CCCAACCCCACGUUGUAGCUGUAGAUAGACAACAGCAGACAGUAGAUAGCAGACAGCAGACAGCAGGGAUGGCAGAGGAAUCAACUACAAAGCAGCUGUCGAUGCAGCCGUUUGUCUUUGCGCCCGCCGCAGACAUAAUCCGCGCCGCUCAGAAAGACGAGCAAGUGCAGGACGAGUUGCAGGAGAAACUGUCGAGCGUGCUCAGGCGGGUGAUUGGAUCGCGAUCUCUGCAUGGGCUCUCGGCUGAGGUGUCGCUGCUCUCUAGUCUGGUUUAUCUCGGACUCACGACUGUAUGCGGGACACGGUCGUUAGGAGAGGAGUACUGCGAUGUGUUUUAUGUCACAAAGGAUUUGGCAGCGCGUCCGUCGACGAAGCGACGACUAGGCUUCGUGGCUACGAGCACACUGAUCCCCUAUAUCCUCACCAAAAACCUUCCCAAACUACGCAAACGGAUCCGACAGGCACUCGACCGGAUUCCAAACACCACUAAGAACACUAAUAAUGACGAAAAGAAGCAGGGAGAGUUUGCGGUGCUGCUGAAACGGCUGGUGCUGCGGAAUCUGUCGGUGCUGACGUCGGGAGAAGCAGUUGCGUCGCUGCAUCUUGCGCUGUUUUACUUUCAUGGGUCGUAUUACGACGUCGCGAAGCGGAUUUGGGGGCUUCGAUAUAUCUUUCCCAGACAGCUGCAGGACGGUGAACACCGGCCGGGGUACGAAAUCCUCGGCCUCUUGCUAGCCGUGCAACUUGCCGUCAAACUAGGCCGCGAGCUCUCGACGCUGCUUCCCGAGUCGCCGUCGUCGGAUGAGCAGGCAGCGCUGAACGCGAGCAGCAGGAAGGCAACGGCAGCAGAGAGCGCGAGGACGACUGCGCCGGUCGUGUUAUCUGACCAGACAAAGAUGCGGUACAUCCCUGAAUCUUCUCGCAAGUGUCCGCUCUGUCUUUCCUACAUGACGAAUCCGACCGCGACGCCGUGCGGGCAUCUGUUUUGCUGGGAGUGCAUAUCCGAGUGGUGCGGUGAGAAGCCCGAAUGUCCCCUCUGCCGACAAGAUGCAAAGGAGCAGAACCUUCUUCUGCUCGCGGCAUAACCGUC